AUGCCGAGUUGCCAGCCGGCUCCCAUGCAGCUGCCGGUGGCAGAGGCGCGCGAGGCCAUUGUGCGCAUGAUCCGGCGCCACAAUACCGUCAUCAUUGUUGGCGAGACAGGCUCUGGCAAAACGACGCAGAUACCGCAGUACGUGUGGGAUGACAUUGUGUCAAGAGAGCCACCUGGGCGGGGUGGCAUCGUGGGCUGCACGCAGCCUCGACGUGUGGCGGCCGUCAGCAUCGCCCGCCAUGUGGCGGCGCAACGCGGGGGCCGUGUGGGUGGCGAAGUAGCGUACGCCGUGCGCUUUGACGACACAUGCGGCCCACAGACUCGAGUGAAGUACAUGACAGACGGUAUACUACUACGCGAAAUCCAAGCCGAUCCAGACCUAACACGUUACCGCUGUUUGAUUCUCGACGAGGCUCACGAGCGGACGCUGCAUGGCGAUGUACUCUUUGGUUUUUUGAAGGACAUUGCCCGGCGAAGGAAAGGGACGCUGAGCAUUGUCGUAAUGUCCGCCACCCUUAACGCGGAACAUUUCUCCAAAUUCUGGUGGAAUGCUCCAAUUGGGGUUGUACACGGCCGCACAUACCCUGUCACUAUUUACCACACGGUGGAGCCACAGGCCGACUACGUUGAGGCUGCCGUGAGCGCCCUUCUGCAGAUUCAUGAGAAGGAGGAGCCGGGAGAUGUGCUGUGCUUUCUUACUGGUCAGGAAGAGAUUGAGGACGCAAAGCGUAUUCUUGAGCAACGGAUAAAGCUGCUGCCGAAUCACGUGCGAGACUUUCUCGUCCUGACGCUUUACUCUGCCAUGCCAUACGAGCAGCAGCUUGCGGUGUUCGAGCCCACUCCGUCUGGAAAGCGCAAAAUCAUUCUCGCAACUAACAUUGCAGAGACGUCUAUCACGGUCGAGGGUAUCAAGUAUGUGGUGGACAGCGGUGUGGUCAAGGCAAAGCACUUCAACAGCAAGACGGGGAUGGAGGUGCUGUCUGAGGUGGACGUCAGUCGCGCGCAAGCGACGCAGCGCACAGGGCGUGCGGGGCGUAUGGAAGCUGGCAAGUGCUUUCGCCUCUACACAGCGCAAGCCUUUGAGUCGUUGGCGGAGAACACCGUGCCGGAGAUCCAGCGGAGCUCGCUCAUCAGCGUGGUGCUGCAGAUGAAGAGUCUUCGCAUUGAGCGAAUUAUGGACUUCGAGUUCAUGGACGCACCAAAUCCACGCGGUGUUGCGAAGGCGGAGGAGACGUUGAUGCUCCUCGGCGCGCUGGAUCGUCAGGGCCGAAUCACGCCACUGGGGAUGCGCUUGACGGAUUUCCCCAUUGAUCCGAUGGCUGCGAUGGUGUUGUUAGCAGGGAAGGCGCUUGGUGUGGCGCGUGACGCGGUGGUGGCGAUUGCUAUGACGAGCACAGAGAAUCUGUUCGUCACUUCGCGCGAGAUGAAGGGCGGUGCUGACAGAUGCAAGGCGGCGUUUGCCAAGGCGGCUGGUGACCACGCAACCUUACUAGGCAUCUAUUAUGCCUACAAGCGAUCACCAAAAGAUCAGAGGAAGAUGUGGUGCGAGGCCAACGCCAUCAACCAGCGGCAGGUACUCAAAGCGGAGGAUGUCAUGACGCAGCUCACUGCAAUCCUGAAUGAGCGCAGCGACGAAGAGUUGCUACCGCUGCUGGUGCAGAGGUCGUCCCGUGUGGAACUCGGUGACUGUGCGUUGCACCGAAAGCGUCGACGUGACGACGACGAUGGUGAUGAUGAUGAUGGUGGCGUCGGCGUGGUGCGCCACGAUAAUGAUGCACAUGAGGCACUCAAUGGGCACGGGCAGGGCAAGACAAAGUUGCGCGACUUUGAGUUGCUGCGACGCGCACUGUGUUAUGGGUUUUGUCUCAACGGCGCAUUCUACAACGCCAAGAUCGGAAACUACCAGACCGUGGUGGGACAGCAGGUGGUGCACCUUCACCCCUCAUCUGUGCUGUUCGCCCAACGCAAAAAACCAGCGCUGGUGGUAUUUAACAGCGUGGUACGCACGACGAAACGGUACAUGAAAGACGUCUCGGUGGUGCAGGAGGAGUGGCUCCGCGACGCAGCUUCUUUUCUAACCCCUGUGGAGUGA